AUGCAAGGGGGCCCCCGGCCCGGUGACUACACCCCCCCCCCCCCUCCAGGCCGGGCCGGGUCGUCCUUGGCCCGAGCGUUCACCUUGGCGCGGUGCUCUGUCGCACCACAGGUAACAAAGUUCCGCGAACUACGUGAUUUCUAUGGCUGUCCGAAAGUGGAUCUCAGGGUAGGCAUCUCGGGGCUCGUUCGACCGGUAAUAAUAUUACCGGGAACGUCGUAA